UAUAGUACCAAGAUGUCGCAAACCAAAUUGAAUUGGCCAAACCUUCUCAUCGCCUUAAUAAUUGUGAAUUUUUCUUCAAUCAAUGGUUACCCUUAUGCAAAUCCAAUCGAAAAAGUUGCCAACGUGAACGCCAAAGAUUGGAAAAAUGAAACACUUCAUGGGGCUGCUGAGAAUGGCCACACAAAUACACUCAAAUUUCUAAUUGAAAAAGGUGCUAAUGUAGAUGCGAAAAAUGAAAAUAAAGAAACGCCACUUCACAAGGCUGCUUGGAAUGGUCAAACAGAUGCAGUCAAAAUUCUUCUCGAAAGCGGUGCCAAUGUAAAUGCAGAAGAUUGGUUAAACAAAACACCACUUCAUAAGGCUGCUUCGAAUGGUCAAUUGGAUAUAAUCAAAAUUCUUAUCGAAAAAGGUGCCAAUACGAAAGCAGGAGAUUACUACAAACAAACGCCACUUCACUGGGCUGCUUGGAAUGAAAAAGUGGAGACGGUUUUUCCGCAAAUUAUUGCAGAAACAGCAGAGCAGCACUAAAAACGUGUUUUUUGUAGCUUAUUUUGACAGCUUCGUACAAAUGUGUGUAUUUUGACGUUUG